CGCGGAUCCAGGAAAUGAAUCAGCCGUGUAAAAGCAAAAAUCCACACAAAAGUAGCGGAGGUGAAAACAACAGCUGUAUGUGAAAUACAGGCAACAUUCUCCUAUGAGCUUAUUAACUGUUCAUCCACAAUGGAAAAACUAUUUCGAAAGAUUCAGGGGAAGAAGGCUCCCCAUCCCCCAAAGCGAGAUUACACCGAUAAACAGAGUGGGGAUCGGAGAACGAAGAGUUCCAUGAGCGACUCCGAAGAUGAAAGCGGUGGGGGAGUGUUCCGCGGGUCCAACGAGACAUCACCGCGGGGAAGCUCGCCUACUCCACACGGCGGCAAUGUGGAGAGGUUCAGGUUCGGUAGCCAGACCUCUUACGGGACUGGAACCGUGGACUUAAAAAGCUGCGGUGCGGGCUCAGGUGUCCAGAUUGGUACAAAUAGUAGAGGAAAUGUGGUUGGAGGUGAAGGGAUGUUGGACACAAGAAGACGAAAUGACAGCGGAGGGGGUCCAAAAAGCCCAAACACAAAGACACCCAUUGUUUUGGAUGACUACUGUGAUCCCAAAGAUGUCCUGAAAGCGGCCCUCGAGAGCGGCAUUCUCCCGCCCCGAACCGAGGGGCCCAACCCCAACAGACCCUUCGCUGAGGACGACUACUCGGUCCCCUACGAAAUUGUCAAACAGAUGCGAUCUGGCUUCUUGCCAGACGAUGGCCCAAUCCCAAACCAGCCCUACGCAGACGAUGAUUAUAGCUUGCCCUAUGAUCUAGUCAAAAAAACGAAGCAUCAUAUCACGGAGGAAGGAUGGGACCCUAAUCGAAUGGCCAUCCCGGAGGAUGACUAUUCUUUACCGUAUGAUGUGAUCAAACAUAUUAAAAAGCAACCUCCUACCAACUCCAAGAAACAGCUCCAGCACCAGUACGAGGAGCCGCCAGACGUCAGUGAGAUCACGCGGAGGACGUCGGCAGGUGAGACUCCUGAGGAAUCCCAACACUGGGAGGAGAUGACCAUCAAUACGGGGCAGGAGAAAGCCGCCGCUAGAGAUCCUGAGGAGAACGGCACGGAUGGUCCCAUGCUGUCCCCAGCCCCAGACCAGACGCCGCAGAACGACAUGAGGCCGCAGGGCGAGUAUGACAACCCCUGGGAGUGGCGGUCCCACCCUCUGCCCCGGCUACCGCCAGAGUCUCCAGGCGGUGAGUUUAACCGGUCGCGGAGUAAGUCGGAUGUCGCCCACCUGGGCGGGAUUGGCCGGAGUAGUCCCGAGAGCGAUACCCGGCCACAGGACGAUUAUGACCAGCCCUGGGAAUGGAUACAGAAGAAUAGGCAAAUGUCGCAGGUCUUGACAGAGAAAGAGAAGAAGAACGCUGUGUCUAGGUCAGGAGCAUCCACGCCCGAUAACUCCAGAAGGAACUCCCCAAAGAAACCCUCCAACAUGGCCAAGGACCUGAAGCUGGAGCUGAGACGCAAGCACGAAGUGCAGGGAGAGAAGAUCGAUCCCAACAUGAGCCUAGAUCAGCAAAGUUUCUACCAUGGCAAGUUGUCCAGAAUAGAAGCAGAGAAGCUCUUGAAGCCGUGCAAGGAAUGCAGCUAUCUGGUCAGGCAGAGUGAAAGUGCACAGAAAGAUUAUUCCCUAUCACUCAAGAGUGCUAAAGGUUUCAUGCACAUGAAGAUCGUCUGCUAUUCCCAGGGCUACGUCCUGGGGGAGUUCAGUAAACCGUUUGCAGGAAUCCCACACAUGAUCCACUACUACACCACACACAAGCUCAACAUCAAAGGCGCGGAGCACAUGGCCCUGCUACACCCAGUGGAGAACCAGAUGCUAUGAUCGGCGCAAUUGCUACACCAACCCCUCCAGUCAGCUCAUUAAAUGGAAGCAACGAAUGGUUCAUGCUUCGUGUUAAUGCCACAAAAGCAGAGAAAAUUUAGACAUUCAAGUCAACUGUUAGUAGAGUGCUUUUAGAAGCAUUGAGAAAUCUUGGCGUACACUUGACGGUGUUAGGAUAAAUUGAAUCCACAUUUCCACGCUUGUAUGGUCCUCAGCAAACAUAAGACAGUGUGAAUUUUUGUCUGUUGUUGCUUCAAGUGAAGAGUGUUUUUUGGGAGACAUCCAUUUCUUAGAGUUCUGCACGAGAAAUGAGUCGUCAGGAGAACGUUUCCAGAAAAUGGGCUGGGCUUAACUUGAUGUUGUAAUUUUCAGGUCGGCCCGACGUGAACAGCUUUUAACUGUGGAUGUAGCCGGUACUGUGCAUGUUGCAUACUUGGAUAGGGCAUGCAAGUUGACAUAAAAAAAAACACCUGCGAGAUUUAAAGAUAUAGUCCAUCAUUUGUAAUUUGUGCAUUUUGUUCGUUUG